CCAUGCCCGAGAGCCUCGCGUUCUUGGCUGGCGCCUCCGCCCGCCCUUAAAAGGGCAGUGCCCGUUACUCCCCCAGCCCAGCCAAGCCCUGCCCCUCGGGAGCCUCCAGCAGCCAGCCCAGCUUGGCGGGGGCCACUCGGCGUCUCUGCCCGGCGCCGCCAUGGACUCAUCCGGCAGCUCCCGAGGCUGCAUGGAGCAGCUGCUCACCUUCAUCCGCACGCACAAGGGGAUCCUGCUCACCACCGAGAUCGUUCUGUGUAUCAUCAUCUUGAUCUGCUAUGGGGCCUCGGCGCUGGGCUAUGUCUCUCUGGCCAUCUUCGAGAUGAUUUACACCAUCGUCAUAUUUAUCAUCUUUGCUUUCGAGUUCAAUCUCCAGAUCUCUUUUAUCCACUGGGGAUGGACGGAUUUCCUCAGGGCCCUUAUCGGGUCUGUGGCCUUCAUCAUCACCUCUCUCAUCGUUCUCAUAGGAUACCGCCAUGGAGCCGUCAUCGCUGCUGGGGUGUUUGGGUUGCUGACGGGAAUUGUUAUGGGCUACGAUGCCUACACCAUUGUACCCCAGCUGAGAAAGCAGCAUUCGGCAGUCCCCAACCCUGAACCUACAGGGGGGAUCUGAAGUCGUCUCCACCGGUGAAGCUCCACAUUGGACUCUUCUCCUCUCACCUGCUGCAGCUUCAGGAGGGAAGUUGCCCCAGCGUCUAAAUUCCGAGCAUCCCUGUCUCUGUCCAGAGGCCUUUCAAUCCUUGUAAAAGAGAAUUUUUAAACCAGCUCUUUGCCUCCCCCAACUUCAGCUGCAGUUUCUCCCUUCCAGCUCUGUCCUAAUGGGGGAACGGAAGACAUUUAGGGGAAGAACGGUUGCCCCACAGUUAUGGAGAGGAGAGGAGGUUAGAGAAUAAUCCCAGUUAAUGUCUACGUCUAGGAAGUGCCGCCUCUCCACAUUGGCUGAGGUUCAGAAGUCCUCUUCUCAAAUGUUUUCCGGCUUCCGUCCCCACUAGAAUGCUAAGAACUGAAGACGCCUCUGUGAUGAUAUAAAGGAAAAAAAGAUUAUUUUGGUUGCAAAAACUUGGUGUGAGCCUUAAAAUGGUAGGAGGGCCUUUAUGCUUCUGGAAGAUGUGGGUGGGGAAAUGGGACCCCUGGUUCUUCCCCCAGUUCUAGGAGAUGAAGCUGGUGGAUGAUGGUGACUGGUGGGUCACCUUCCUGCUGCUGGCUAUGAACUGCUUUCCCUUUUGAUGUGCCUCAGUUUCCCCCAUUUGAAAUGGGGGCAGGAAGCAAUUAUGUCUAAAUCUGUGCAGGGGAUCAGUGGCUGCUGGGUGACUGUGUUUCAUAUCUAGCCCUGGAUCGUUUUAAAGCCUCCGUGUGAGAGAUCAUUGAGCUAAGGAGUCAGGUUUUUUAUAAACCUACUUUUAAACAUUUUUGAGGGGCAAAAAUUUCCCCCAUAGCCCUUUUUUUCUACAUCCUGUUGAUACUUUUUAAGAGGGAUGGUUUUUUUCCCCUCAUACCUUUCCUACUGGAUGGAGUACCAGGUCAUAGGCAGGACGGCCUGAAACUUGUGAUUUCAGGUCAGCCCAAAAGGUGCUUGCCCAGAUGCUCAAAAACAUCUGGCAAAUUUUCAAAGGUCAGAGGGUUUCUUCAAGAAGAUAGUCAGGAGGCAGGGAUUCCUUGCGCUGAAGAGAGGUUUCUUCCCCUUCACCAAAAUCAAUAAAAAGGGAGUAUUUUAUACCACAAAAGUAAGCUUUUUUCACAAUGAUGCGUAACUAUGCAAAUGUAUACAGGUCUCACAAUACUGUUCUUAGAAAGGAGUUUGGGUUACCGGUGCAGACUUCUGAUUUAUUAUUUUAUACUUCAUUAUUGGAGAGGGGGCUUGGAUAUUGGUUGUGUUCUUCUAAGGAGAAGGAGGUCACAGGACCAUUACUUCCCACUGGGCCUUCUCCCACCCGUCUGGAUUGGGUCCAGAAGAAAUGGGGGAGGAAAGUUGCGUCCAGUAUCCCAAACGGGCACGCCGCUGCCUAGCUGUGUAUUGCUUUUUUUUCUGCCAUUCACUUCAGUCUGUGUGUGCUUUAUCGACAAAAUGGAAUAAACUGAAUUUGCAAACAAAA